UUCUCACCUCCAUCCACUUCGAGCAGAGACGCUCUGCAGACGUUAGUCCUGAUCUUCUCUCAGCUCCACAUGUCGAUCAGACUGACUCGCUCCGAGUUUCGGCUCCACUCAGACCUGCAGGAUGAGGACUGUUUAUCUGGGAAUGCUGCUCUUAUUCCAAAGCGCUGUUUCCUCCUUAACGGAGUUCAGCGUUAAUGGAGAGAUCAGGAACUUUGCUGUUGGAAACGGGAAAGUGUUCGUCGUCACCGACUCUCAGCUCCUCCAGAUGACGCUCGAUCUAGUAGAGGAAAAACAGAAGGACAUACAGAACCACAGACACCAGAACCGAGUUAAUAUUUUACUGCCUUUCGACGCGAAUAAGACCCUGAUAACCUGCGGAACCUCUGACUGUGGAUACUGUGAACUCCUGGACAUCAAUGACAUCAGCAGAAGUCUCUACAGGGAGGAUGUUACAGUGGGACCAUCUGUUAAUAAAUCAUCUGUUUCUUUUCUUGUGGAUUUUGAUGAAGGAACAGAGAAAUACAUGCUGGUUGCCAGAGAAAAGGUUCCUGAUGACUGUGGCUCUGAUGAAGGAGUUUCUCUGCAUAACACUCUGGAAUCUCAACAAGGAGGAAUUUUCUCUAAAUCAGGCAUUGAGCCAACUGAAGCCAGCAUUUCUCCACAGAGUGAUGCUGAGUGGAUUGACGGCUUCCAAUCAUCUAAUCCCUCUCACUCGUACCUGCUGGUGAACGUUAAGUCUAAAACAGGUCCAGCUGUGGUGGUCUUAAGGAUGAAGAACGGCCACAGUAAAACUGAAAUGACCAGAUCUUUAGAAGGUGCAGUGCUGCAGUGCUGUGAUGAUAAAGAGCGUAAAAAGCUCUUGUCCUCCUCUGUAGUUCUCUCCUCUGGAUCUCCUCUUCUCUGGGCGGGAAUAUUCACUGCGCAAGAACCGAACGACCCCCAGAAAACUGCUUUGGCCAUUUACGACCUCAGUCAGAUCAGAGACCGAGUACCUUCAUAUUUCAGCUGUAAACCAACGUGCAGAGCUCAGAAAGGAGAAGAUGUUCUGAGGCCUCGUGCUGUGGUGCUCAAACACAGUUCAAUGUCAUCUGUAGCAGCAGAAAAGAAAGGAGCCUGGAUUGAGCUCUACAUCGGAACUGCUACUGGACAACUGCUCAAGAUUGUGCUGGACAAGGCUUUGAAUUCUGGCUGUGUGACAGUGCUGUACAGCUCUGAUGAUGGCAACAUGGUGUUUCCCAGAAUGCACUUUGACCCAGUGGAUCAUAAAUACAUCUACGUAGCUUCGAAAAAUCAAAUCAGGCGAGUAGCAGUGUCUCAGUGUGGUGUGCACAGCACUUUCACAGACUGCAGAGCUUCUCAGGACCCUUCCUGUGGCUGGUGUGUAACCACAAACAAGUGCUCCAGCAAGGUGGGAUGCUCCAACUCCAUUUGGAUCCCCAUUCCUGAAGAUUUUUUUCAGAAGGAGCUGAUCACAUUUCAAGUGGCCAAAGUCUCUGGAAAGGUCAGUCUGAGUCUCUACCUGAUAGCACAGGGCACAGUAGGUCCUCCAUUAAAAUGCAGUAUUAAGGCAGGGAAUGUGGAUCUGUGUGACAACUUGACCUCAGUUUCCCAGAACAGCUGCUCCUGCAGUUUCUCCAGCCAACGUCUGCCUCCUGAAGGACUCAGAGUCAUAGCAGCCGUCACUAUUGGAGAUCAGAAAAUCACAGAGAGCCUGAAACUGAGGAACUGCCCAAACAUCACAGAGACAUCACCAUAUGCUGCAUGUGCAGCGUGUGUCUCAGUUGGGUGUCACUGGUCUCCUGUUAGUCAGAAUUGCAGCUGGACUCAGGGUUCUGCACCACAGGUACACAUACAGGAUGCGUGUAAAGAAUUCUCUUCUAAGAAGUACACACCAGAGAUCCUCUCCGUGUUGCCUAACCAAGUCUCACUUUAUGGCAAAAACAAUGCAGUAAUAAAGGGGAAAAAUCUGGAUCCAGUUGUGGAAAUUCGCUUACAGGGGUUGAAGGAGUGCGAUUUAAAAGAGGUGUCUGGUUUCACUCUCCAUCUCUCAGGGUGGGUGAGAGCUCUGGGCUGUUCUGUGUCUCUCUCAGAGUGGGGAACUCAACAGUGGACUGUGUACAUAAACUCUCUUACCUCCCAAACCCAGAAUUCAUCAGCUUCUCCACCUCUCAGGAUGUCGGUUAUGGUUUAGUUUUCAUUAAUAUCAGUGUUGGCGACUUUUCCACAAUUCUAAAAACUCAAGUGGGACACACAGACAGUUUGUUCUGUGUGUAAGAUUCACCCUGAAUUUCUGAGUCCUGUAAGAAAAUGAUCCUGAUCAUCUCUCUCUUCUCUUCAGUCAACAUGCUUUUGUAAUUAUGUGUCUGUUCUCAGUGUUUACAUGUGCACAGUUCAGUUCCAACCUGCAUCUAAUAUGCUGCUCCCCCUCCUUUGGUCAAGAUAGUUAUUAUUAUUAGUAUCAUUUUCUUUUUCUUUCACUUUCAUAAUUUUUUUGCUAGUGCUCUAUGUGCCUGAAAUACCUAAAUGCACUCAUUUGAGGGCGUGUCCACAUAAAUUUGGCCAGUGUAUGGAAAUUGUACAGUGUUCAUUUUCAUGAUGUCAUAGAAGUAAUAAAAAAGCUAUUUUGCUUUUUAAUUUUAACAUUUGACGUGAAACCUAUAACAAUGUUUACAUACUAUUAUUGUUAAGGAAAAUUAGGUUUAGGUAGCAUGAUAUGGGUCUGUUCACACUCUAGGGAUCACAAAAUGUUUUAAGAUAUUCAGCUUCCUUAUAUCACACAUAGACAUGCAUGAAAGCAUAUAUAUAUACAGCUAUAGGCACAGGGCUUUCUGCAGUUACUCAUGUCAGAUUUCAUAACUAUGCAGGAUAUGAGGCACAUUUAAACAUGGUAUGAGUGUUCAUAUAAAGUGUUAGCUGAUGUUCUUGUGUAUAUAUUUGGGAAUAAUCGUCAUAAUUAACUGGAGUUUUGUUCAUUUAAUUUCAGUUGAUUUCUUUUGCUUCUAAUUAUGUUUUAAGAACAUCAGUUAAAACUCCCGGUCACACUUUAUUUGGUUGGUCUCCUAUAGAUGCUCUAUAGCUAGUAAAAUCAUUAACAAACUUUCUGGUGAUCCCCAGUUGAUUAUCAACAACAUUAGGGUUAGGAGUAGAGUUGGGGAUAGAUUUAUGAACUUCAGUUGAGUUUAAUGGUUAUUGAGCUGAAUGUUAUUGAAAGACAGACUGAGCAUUUGCAAAUAAUCUAUACUGAACAAUCUAAGUUACAUUCAACUUCAAGUUUAAUGGCAUUUAAUGACCAUUCAAUUGAAUGUUACUUAAAUAUAUAUACGGAACAUUUACAAAGAAUCUACAGUGGACCAUCCAAAUAAAGCGUUGCCAAACUACUCUCCACUGCCCUGAUGUCAAAAUGUGCUGGGUAUAUAAAAAGAAACAUCUAGUGCAGCGGUUAGUGGCUCAUUUAAACUACGGAGGCUUGAUUGUUAUGAAUUGUUGUUCCUAGAACACAGUAGCAAGAAAGUAGCCGUUCAAAAGCCGAGCACAAUGUUUGUCAUCAAAGAAUUUGGCCCUGUUUUAAUAAUGCGGCUACAUUUUAUCAUUAUCUUGUUUUAAGAUACUUCAGAUUCCUUUGUGUCCAUGUGAUGUAACAAUGUUUAUUUGUUGAUGCAAAAAUGUUCCUUUGGACAAGGUAAAUAUCUUUACAAUACUUUUUAAGUAUUGUAAAAAUACUUUUUACAAUACUUUCGUGCUUUUUCAGUGUAACUGACUGCAUUUAUGACCGUUUAACUGUUAUAUUAUAUUUAAUAAUAUAUUGUAUAUUUAUAUUUAAUUACAUAAUCUACUUCAUGAAAUGGGAUUUGAGAAAGCUCUAAUUGUUUACACUGUGACGAUGUAUCACCAUCUGCAGGUUAAACUGGGAACUACAGAAAGAAAUGAAAAUAAAGAAAUCAAAUUGUUUACAGACAACAUAAAUAUAGUGAAGUAGCUAGAGCUGUUAACACAUACUCAUAUAAAAUGUCCUUAUUGUAAUGAUGUAAUGACUCAAAUAAAAGGUAUAUUUGCAAAACCAACUUGA